AGUCUCUUCUUCCUACAGGAUUCCUUGAAGCCUAAAGUCACCAAGGAACAUCACACGGAAAUCUCUUCUUCCUACAGGAUUCCCUGAAGCCUAAAGUCACCAAGGAACAUCACACGGAAAUCUCUUCUUCCUACAGGAUUCCCUGAAGCCUAAAGUCACCAAGGAACAUCACACGUCCCUGAAGGAAUCUUUGUCGACUUCCUUGCAAGUUGAGUUAAUAUAUUGCAUCCUACUUUUGUUGUAUAUUUUUUUUCUUGUUCUGGUAAUUUCUGGUUGAUUAAGGUUAGCAGCUCGUCCAAUUUUUCUUCUUCUCAAUUAUGAAGCCAUCGUUUCCAUGUCAAUCUCCAUUUCCAAACACCAGCUGUUUUCCUAUUUCAUUUACUUUUCUUCCCUUAGUUGUAGGUGAAGAAAACAGAUGGGUUGUUCGAUACAAAAUAAUUUGAAUGAAUUACCUAUGGAAAGCACAAAUUUAGGCACAAACUUAUAAUCAGGUUUUAUUCCACAUAGAUCUAUUUUUGUGCUUCGCAACUACGCCAGUGCCGGUUUGCUUUUUCGAGUUCCAUUUUGGGGAAGAUUGUAGAUCAGUCGGAAGUGGCAGUCCUAGAAGUGAGAAACUAUAAUGGUUGGCAAAGUUUCCCUAGAAACCCAAUUCAUCCAUAGUAUUUGUGCCAUUGUACUAAAGGGACGGUGGAAGGAUAUCUUGAAACCCAAUGUCGGUAACCAUGUCACCUCAGCAGCUAUUAACCAGGUGCUUUUUGAACUCUCGCUGUAUGGAUAUGGUCCUUCGCUUUCUUGGGAAUUCUACAAAUGGGUUGAAUCCGUUCCAAAUUACAAGCAUUCCUUGCAAUCUUCGUGGACAAUGGUUCAUAUUCUCACCAUCCACAGACAUUUCAAGAUUGCACAGAACCUGCUUGAGAAAAUUGCCCACAAGGAUUUCUUGUCAUCACCCUCUGUUUUGAAUGCUUUGGUGAGUACCCAUUGUGACCCAGAUGUGAAUUCUCACGUUUUGAGCUGGCUUGUGAUAUCCUAUGCAAAUUUGAGGAUGACCCAAGAUGCUAUCCAAGUGUUUGAGCAAAUGAGGGUGCUUGGUUUCAAGCCUCAUUUGCAUGCUUGUACCGUGCUUUUGAACUCUUUGGUGAAAGAGAGGUCAACUCAUAUGGUCUGGAAACUUUAUAAGAAGAUGGCUAGACUUGGAGUUGUUCCAAGUAUACAUGUGUAUAAUGUGUUGGUUCAUGCUUGUUGCAAGUCUGGGGAUGUGCAUAAGAUGGAGAAGGUGUUGGGUGAGAUGGAGUUUAAUGGUGUAUCACCUGACCUUUUUACAUACAAUACAUUGAUUGCAUUGUAUUGCAAGAAGGGUAUGCAUUAUGAGGCUUUAUCUGUUCAGGAUAGAAUGGAAAGAUCAGGAGUUAGUCCUGAUAUUAUAACUUAUAAUUCCCUUAUUUAUGGGUUUUGUAGAGAAGGUAGAAUGAGGGAGGCUUUAAGGCUCUUUAAGGAAAUUAAGGAUGCAACUCCUAACCUUGUGACGUAUACUACUUUGAUUGAUGGUUAUUGUAGAGUGAAUGAUCUCAAGGAAGCUUUGAGAUUGCGUGAGGCAAUGGAGGCCAAGGGUUUGUAUCCCAGUGUUGUUACAUAUAAUUCAAUUAUUCGUAAGUUGUGUGAGGAAGGUAGAAUAAGGGAUGCUAAUAGGAUUUUGAAUGAGAUGAGUGAUAAGAAUGUUGAGCCUGAUAGUAUCACUUGUAACACAUUGAUAAAUGCUUAUUCCAAGAUUGGAGAUAUGAGGUCGGCAAUGAAAGUAAAGAGCAAGAUGUUGGAGGCAGGAUUGAAGCUGAACCAGUUUACUUUCAAGGCAUUGAUUCAUGGGUUUUGCAAGGUUCAGGAUUUGGGCAGUGCUAAAGAGCUCUUAUUUGGCAUGCUUGAUGUAGGCUUUCCUCCUGGUUAUUGCACCUACUCAUGGCUUGUUGAUGGAUACUGCAACCAAGGCAAUGAAGAAGCAAUUAUUAAACUCUUGGAUGAGUUUAAUGAAAGAGGUCUUUGCCUAGAUGUCUCAGUAUAUAGGGCACUGAUAAGGAGGUUUUGCAAGCAGGAAAAUAUUGAUUAUGCACAAAGAAUAUUCAACUUUAUGCUAGGAAAAGGUAUAUCAGGAGAUAGUGUUAUAUACAGCAGUAUGGCUUUUGCUUACUGGAAGAUGGGAAAGGUGAAUGUUGUUUCAGAUUUUUUGAAUGAAAUGUAUAAGAGGAGGUUGAUGAUAACUAUGAAAAUUUAUAGUUGUUUAAAUGCUUCCUUUGCUGGGGAUGAUAGCAUCUUAGGUUUCUUUUGGUCUCAUCUAGCUGAGAAGGGCCUAAUAUCUAAAAGUAUUUUAAAGGAUAUGAAGCACUUGAAGUUGCCUGAUAAAUUGACUUCUGGGUGAGAGGUUGCAGUGUUUAAUCUUUACUUAAGCAUAUAGUGGCAUGAAUAUAUUGGAGCCACAAGCAAUUCGCUGAUUGAGUUUAUUAUUAGCCUCUAAUAUAGAACCUUGGGAGUU